GAACAAAGCAACAGCUAUUAGAACAAAACGUGCGUUGUUGUGGUCAAGUUGUGAUUUUUUAAUGGAGAGGAGACGAAUCCAUCAUGAAGAGUAUUGAUCAUGGAACUUCUGAGGAAUCUCAAUUGGAGUGUACUAUCCCCUUGGGUGGCAACCUCUCCAAAAAAGAGACUUCCUCCGAGUCCGCAGAUGUGGAAAUUAAUGACGAACCAGAGUUUAAUCCAGGAGUUGCCAAUGUCCUGCGCACGUACAGCAAAUUGAAGAGAAAGUCUCCAGAAACUUCUCCAGAGUGUGAAAACAAAAAAAUAGAGCAGUCGACUCCGGAAAAAUCAUUAGAAGAGAAGUUGCCACCUGCCAAGCGGUCCAGCACAUUCUCAGGGUCUUGUUCACCUUCUGCAAAGAAUAUGAAGAUUUACGUUCGGUUGAAACCUCUUCAGAAGGCAGUUCAUUUCAGCGGAGAGCAGCAAGAGCGAUACCGAAUCAUUGGUCCUGAGCUGUUUAUCAAUUUGAGCGAUGUCCAGCAGGACAUGAGCAAAAUGAUUGAUGUCGUGGCGAAGAAGUUCGUCUUCUCUGAAGCUUUGGGGGAAGAAAUCAAUCAGACGGAGAUGUUUGAACGGGUGGUGGCACCCCAGGUGGAAAAAUUCAUCGGUGGGACAAGCUGCACUGUCAUGGCUUAUGGCGCAAAAGCAUCAGGAAAGUCCUACACAGUGAAUGGAACUCCCACCGAUCCAGGAUUAAUUCAAAAGACUCUAGACUACAUUGUUUCCCUGAAGACGGUCAAACCUAUCCCUAGCUACAAGCCAGUGGACAACAGCCUCAAAUGUUUGACAUCAACAGAGAGGGACGUGGAGCUUAACAGUCGAGAACGUCCUUGUUCUUCCUCUCUAAUUUCUUGUACAGAAGGAGUUGAUGCUCUCGAGGCAUGUGAAAACACCACCCACGCACAAUACGAAGUCUGGGUGUCUUUCGUGGAAAUUCGGGACGAGAAUUAUUUCGAUCUUCUGUCUUCUGACUACCUGGAGGCCCACUCUCUGAAAAUGGAAUUUGACAGUGAGGGGAAGGGGUUUAUCAAGGGUCUGAAACACGUGUUUGUGGGGACAGCCCUGGAGGCUAAGGAAGUUCUCCACAGUGGGAGGGAUAAUUUCUCCAGAUGGCAUGAAAUUAAUAAGACAGAAACUACCAAAUCCCACAGCAUUUUUACAGUGGCACUGUUGAAGUAUUGCACAUUGGAUGAUGCAGGAUCGGUGCAGAUGAGUAAAUUCUCCUUCGGCGUUCUGGCAGCGCAGGAAUCCCCGGAGUUGGACCCGAGCCUGCUGGCACUCCUAAAUUGCCUGGAAUGCACGAAAAACCUUCACCUCCCCACGCCACACCCAGAGCCAAUCGAGUGCUUCCAUCCCUCCCGCCUCACGGACCUCUUCAAGGACGCCCUAACCGGGGAAUCCCCUUUCUCCCUCAUCGUCACCGUGGAUCCCAAUCCGGAAGUUUACUUGGAGACCCAUGGAGUCCUUCACUCGACGUCACACUCCACGGAAAUUCUUACAAAAAUUCGAAACCCUCAUCCACCUAAACCCUCCACAGGUUUUGGUAAAUUAGCUGAGAGACCCCAGGAAAUUGUCGACUGGGAAGAUCUCACCCCUGAGAGGCUAACGCUCCUCUCUGACGCUUUUCAAGAUGAAAUCAGUGUCCUGGAAUUAUUGAAUCUACGGGGGGACGUCGAAAUCCGUCAGAAAAUCAUCAAAAGGUAUUCCAACAUAAUUGAAAGAAUUGAGAAUUUUUACAAGAGAAAAUCAGAGGCCGAUUUGCAUUCGGAAGAUAUCGAUGCGUUGAGGACAGUUUCUCAGAAGCUCCGAUCUCACAAGCAACUUCUGGAGCGAGAGCUGGCUGUCGUUAUGAUGGAGUUGAAUGAGAUGUCUGGAGAAUCUUUGGAACCACACGAUGAAAUUGGUAAUCAGAAUCCAUACGUUCUUCUCUUCGAGGAAACCAUCGCUGAGAAAGAGACUAGGGCUAAAAAUGAUCACCUCAUCACACAGUUGAAUGAAACUAGGGGAGAGUAUUUAAGAGUUCUCAGAAAGACUCGAGAGAGGGAAAGAAAAAUUGUGGAAAUUGAGAGAAAGUACAUGGCCUUGAAAAUGAAUCGAGAGUGUGAGUUUAUUCAGCACAGAAAUGUGAAUUAUUGCUUCAAGGAGCAGAUGGGGGUCUUGAUGCGGUUGGAGGAGAGGUUGCAGAAGGAGAAAAUAUGGUGCCAGCGGUUUCAAGAGGAUUGCGAGGGGUUCAAGAGCAUGCGGAAGACUCAAACUGAGGAAAGAAACUGCGAAGAAGGUCAGGACGCAUCCAGAGAUAUUGAAAGUGAGGUUUUUGCUGGAGAAGAUAGGGAAGGAGCUCCUGAAAGUUGUGCGGGCUCCUCGGAAGAGCAGAUUGUGCCUCUUUCACCUCAGGUAUCAGGACCUGCAAUUUUUACGGAUCCUCAGGCAGUGAUUAUUCCUUCGGGCAAUUCAGUUGUUGAUUCUGAAACAUGUGCAGUUGGUGGGACAGAAAUUGUUCCAGUUGAUUCAAUUCCUCCCACCACAACUCCGACGAUUCCUGAAACUUCGAGAUUACUGCAAGAGAAUGCAGGUGACGAAGAAAAAUCAUUCUUGGCGGCAGAUAAACAGGGGACUGGCGUAAACAGUCUGGAGAAUAUAUGCCAUUCACUGGUGAGUAACAAUAACCAUUUAUUUUUUGUACCAACCUCUGCAGUGUGCUCUAUCCAGGAUACUCUUGGAAAUGUUAAUGUUAAUUCACUGGAUGAGACAACUGUUGUCUCUGAGAGAAUGAAUAUUCCUGGAUCUGCAACGCAGUGCGUUGCUCCUGGAGUUGAAGAAUAUUCAAUAAUGAGUAGCGAUCCCGAGAGUGUGGGGAAUAUUACGAUAUCUUCGCAAAUGCAUAAAGAUAGACUCCCAGAAAUCUUCGAGGAAGAUUCUGAUUUGAGUGGUGAAGGUGCAAAUAUUGCUGACCUUGAAUAUCAAUUUUUCACCCCCGCAGAUAGGGUUUUGCCUUCAGAAGUUCCAAUUGACAAAAUUCCUGAAGCUGAAGGAUCAUUAGAAUCUUUCGAUCCACAAAAUGAAAUUCCAGAACCAAUAAAACAAAAUACUGAAUUAAUUACGAUCGCUGAAGAGUGUAAACAGCUGGAGAAUCAGCCCCUGGUGGGUUUAGAAAGUGAGAAGACUUCAACUUCAGCGUCAGAAGUUCAUUUUUCAUUGAGUACUUCGGCAUUGGAAAUUAAUUCAGCCUCAGAGGAAAUUGCCCUGGCUGAAAGUGCAAGUAUUCCUCAUCUGGACGGUCAGCUCUUCGUCCCUGAAGACAGGGCUCUGCUCUCCAAUAAAAAUCCGGAAUUUUCAAACCUCGAAUCUAGAGAGAUUUAUGAACCUGAAGAAUGUUCUGAGAAGAAUGACACGUGCAAUCACUCCCGGGAAUCUUUGGAAUCUUUGGAAAUACAGGAUAAUACAACUUCAAAACUCGUCGAGAAUGAACAGGAAAAUAGUCAAAUGAUCGAACCUUCAUUGCCUGAGCUUGAAUCAAUCAUUCAUCAGCCCCCAAAUAUUUCUCCCAAGACCGGUGAUCUGUCUCCUGAAGCUGCACUUUAUCUUCCAGAGUCAUUAAUGAACAUUUCCAAACAUGAAUUAAUUACUUUUGCAAUAUCCCAAUCGUUGGCGCCUCCACAUCAACUGCUUGAGACUCCUUCAACAGAAGAAUUUCCAAUAGAUUCGAUCACCUCUUUGGAACAACAAGAUAAAACAACUCCAGUAAUCGUCGAUGAUGAAAAGCCUUUGGAGGACGUGGUGAAUAUAAAUAAUAAUAAAUCUUCAGUUUCCACUUCUAUGAUUGAAGAAAAAAGUUUUGAUUUAUUGGAACACAAAGCUACAGUUCUUCAAAGUGUAGAUACCUCUGAAGUUGGAGUUCUCCCUCUCUCAGAAUCAGUAAUGCCUAUUGAAGAUAAAAAGAUCAAUAUUCCACUGGCUGAAAAUUCUUCUACAAUGAAUAGUACUCUUUUCCCUGAGAGCGAAGCGUCGACACAGAUUAAAAAAGAACCAAUUGCUAUCAUCGAGGAUUUGAAAGAACAGAAAAAUUAUAAAAGCAAUCUGAAUGACGGACCUCAGCCUGUGGUGAGUAUGGAGGAAGCAGCCAAGUCUCAACUCAAGGCAACUGAACUAAAAAAUAUUGAUUCAUCGGACCGAAAAAAGUCCGAAGGCUCUCCUACAGAGAAAAACGGAUUUACUCUUCUCCAAGAGACCGUCGAAGCUCCAGCAGUUCUUCAAAAUUCCCUUGAAGUUAUUGAGAACGUCAAAGAUGUGGAGAAUAAUCGGAACACUCUGAGUGAAAUAUCUCAGCUCCUAAUUGACGUGCACAUCGAAACGCCCUCGCCCUCGACAUCCGAAACCCCGUCUUGCACUAGUGAGGAUUCCCUCGUCAAUGGGGGAUCAACUGAGAUGGGAUUGAUAACGACAAGAUCCAGGACUCGAAAACGUUCUGGAUCCCCACUGAGGACUCCAUUAAAAAAACAUGCCAAGCUGUUUCCACCAGAUAAACCAACCAGACGAAGCCCUCGAAUGCGUCCCGAGGGAAAAUUUCUCACGGUUAUUUGUGAUAAUUGCAAUCAAGUUAUUCAGGAAGAAUAUCGAUAUCAUUGCAAAGUAUGCCUUAAUGGGGGAUUCGAUUUAUGUGAGAAGUGUUUUAAAAAGGACAGGCAUCAGCAUAAAGUUGAUCAUGUUCUUACGAUUCCUAAGGGAUUCAUUCGGGGAUAAAUUGACAGAUGAGAAGCAUAUAAUAUUUUUCUACGUUCGUUAUAUAUGGUAAGAAUUAACUUGGAGGUGAGACCAAAUGGUAAUUAAACUUUUUCGGUAUCUUUUACAAUCAAAAGGCAAAAACUCAUUCAGUUCUCGAUUGAAUGGAUUUUUUUUUCUAGUGUCCCAGUGCUUGUUUUCGUAAUGAGUAGUGACUAGACUUAAUUGAUCUAUUUAUUUUCGUUGUCGGUACGUGAAGGAAAGGUUUCAGUUCUCAUUUUUUCUACACGAUACUUUCUCAGGAAAUGUUCCUUAUUGUUUGUGUUAUAUUUCUCGAGACUAUUAAAUUGAUGAGUCGACUCUAUUACUUUCUUUGUUUCACAUUUUGCAAAGUAACGCAAAACUUUUGCGUAAUUUCAAAAAACAUUUCACAUUCCAUGUUUAGAAAUAUUUCGUUUUCUAGUUUGUAUUUUUCUAGCGAUAAGUGAUUUCAUAAUUUUCCACGUUUUCUGUCAUUCGUCCUUUAGAGAUAUAUAAUUUAACGAGUUCUAUUUUCUAUGUACCAAAGUACAUUCAUUAGUUAUAAGUACU